AUGACCGAAAAUAUCGCAAACGAAGAACUACUGGAGAUCAACACCAUCCAUGGUCGACCGAAUCCCGUCCAAGGAAAAGGGGCUCGAUCCCGAUUCGAAAAAAGACGGGCUGAAAAGGUGAGACACAUAAAUGGAAUCACAUCCACCUCUGAAUCUGCCAAAGCCUUGGAAAAUAUUAGAGUCAUCUCAUUCACACAGAAAGACAUGGAAAGAACUGAGUUCCCUCAUAAUGACGAAUUAGUGGUGACCCUCCGCAUUACCAAUUCGAUGGUAAAAAGAGUGAUGAUCGACGGGGGGAGUAACGCAGACGUGUUAUUCUGGAGCACCUUCCAAAGAAUGAAGCUAGACGAAAGGGAGAUUCAACCAAACCCAACACGGAUCUACGCAUUUGAAGGGACGAAAGCACAACCGAUUGGAGACGUGACUCUGCCGGUCAUUGCCGCAGGUAAGACCCUACUCGUUACUUUCGUAGUUGUGGAUGCGCCGAGCUCAUAUAAUGCUAUAAUGGGAAGGAAUUGGAUUCAUCGAAUGGAUGGAGAAGCAUCGACACGUUGCCAAGUGAUGAGAUGCAUAUCUGAGGAUGGCAGAACCACAGUUGAUAUCAAAGGGGAUCAAGUGGAGGCCAGAAGAUGCUACAGCAUAGCAACUAAUCUUAAGGUUGCGACCUCGCAUCAAAGCAAGGAUUUAAAGCAAUAA